AUUCUCUCAGUGGGGCUCAGAGAGCCAAAGCCACGUCACAGAUAAGGAGUACUCGUCGAUCUGUGGUCUUGCGCGCCUUUGUGCAUUGACAGAAGCCAGUAGACGCGAGGCGCGCCGCCAUUGUACGAGCUGCCAUUGUUCAAUUGUCCUCGAGUUACAAUGCCUCACCUCAGCCAUAUGCCUGGUAUACACAUAAGUGUCAGGAGUCCACAGCGAAGGCGACAUGGGGAAGGAGCAGCAAAUGGCAGCUUCUCGGACGAGGUACCCAAGCUCUGACGAUCACCUGGGCCCGUUUCUAGGCAAAAGGGCGCGAUGCGUUCUCACCGUCACUGCUUACCCCGUCAUCGUGCUGCUACUGAUACUACAAAAGCUAUGGACUUCAUUGGCCGGCGUGCCGUCAGCAGUCGCUGCAGCAAAGAACGAUAUUGCAAAGAGUUGCGCCUCCAGCGAACGCGUGGCUUCUCUGCUCGCUUCCGCACCACACUACACUGCUCAAGGCGUCAAUACGAUGCUUGCUAGUGGCACAGAAGAUCUUGUGCAUGGUCUAGGCGAUGUCCUGAGCCUGGUCGUGCAAGGUCUUCAAGCAAUUGUGCUCUUUAUCGUUGACACCUAUCGCUCGCUUUACCUCUGCUUGAUCAGUCUGACCGUACACGGUGCAAUGGACUUGGCAAUCAGUGCGACUGAAGAGUUCUCGUCGUUGCUCAACUCAACGACCGCAGCGAUCAGAACAGAUAUACAAGAUGGCGUGCAAGAUCUCGAUACUGCCAUAUCGGCGAUCGUUGAUAAGAUCAAUCUGUUGCCUGGUGUCGAUUUCACCGCGCCAUCUUUCGAUGUACCACAGUUGACCAGCCUUGAAAACGUAACAGUUCCAAGCGAUUUUUGGAAUCGCCUUAUAUCGCUCAACGAUUCGCUGCCGACGUUGGACGAUCUCAAGGCCUCGCUCGACGACAUUAUCUCGACGCCUUUCAUCGCGCUGCGGCAAGACGUCAAUGGCACGCUGGGCGCAUUCGCGUUUGAUCAAAGCGUCCUGCCAGUGCCUGCUCUUGACAAUGUCGAGUACUGCUCAGACCUUGACCUUGGCUUUGUCGACGAAAUCGGAAAGGGAGUCCAGAACGUCAUGAAAGAAGGCAUUGUCGCUUGCUGCUUACUCGCUCUCGUCAUCAUUGGCGUGCUGUGUCUUUGGGAAUGUUGGCGAUGCGAUCGGGAAAUCGAAACAAUCGAGUCUGCAAAAGAGAUCUGGCUAAAGCAACAGCAAAUGAGCAAACGCUUUUCCCUUGAUUCUCGACAGACAUCGGGCGACCUGCUGUCAACACGCAGCUUGAGGGUGUUCCUGCACGAUGCGCAGUUCCCAUUGCUGCACAAGAGCGUGCUUGCUUGCGAAGCGAAAGUGCCUGCUUUGCGACGAUCUUCAUCAGCACGCGACUCGCUGUCUUGGCUAUUGUCAUUCAUUUGUCACCCAACUGCACUGCUCGUGCUUGCACUGGGACUCGUCGGCCUCAUCUCAAUCGAGAUUCAGAUUGCGAUGCUGAACGAUUUUCGGGGUCCUGCCACCCAGCAAGCUGCAGCAGGAACGGCAAUCCUCACCCAGAACGCAAGUACGGCCCUCGAAGCGCGGCUACAGGAUGCGAGUACGCAGUAUGCAGCCAGCGUCAACUCGGUCUUGCAGACCACAGAAACUUCGCUGAACACGCACGUCUUUGGCUGGAUCGACACGACCGGUCUCAACCUCAAUACAACGCUCAAUACGUUCUACAGCGACCUCACGGGUAUCAUCAACACCACGUUUGAUGGCACCAUCUUUGCAGAUGCUGCGCUUGGUGUGAUAGGCUGUUUGCUCGGCUCGAAAGUGAAUGCGAUCGAAGAGGGUCUGACUUUCGUUUACGACCACGCUCGCGUCAGCUUGCCAACCGUGCAGAGUGACGUCCUCUUGCCGUCCGGUAAUACGACGGCUAGCGUCGCGUCAGCUGCAAGCGAUGACAGCGACGGCUUCGUCGACAAGCUGAUCGAUUCUUCCAUUGAGUCUCUAAAACAUGAAAGAGGCGCUUGCUACCUCUUCAUCGCGAUCUGGCUUGCCCUUCUCUUCGGUGCUCUUCUGGUGAUCCUGGUCACACAUGCGCGACAAACAAAGCGCGAUGCUUGUCAGCCAAAGUAUGCAAGCUCGCAUGCGUCUUCACAAAUCACUCUCGUCUCCAAUGCUGCCAGCCUUGCAAGAACCGUAUCAGCACCCCGCAUCGUGCCUGUGCUCAGCCGCCUGUCUUGUCACCCUCGCUGGUGCGAUCAGUCGAGUCCUGCAGAGUCACAGCAUGCACCUGCGACGUUCUGGGAUCAGCAGAGCGAAAUCACAACGAUCAGCUUGCCGCCCCUGCCUGUUCCUCUUACAAGUCACGGUCGUAGCUGGUCAGGCAUGAGCUUUCUGUCACGCUGA